UGGAAUAUUUCGUAUUCCGUAUUUGAGGCGCUUGUUAAAAGCGGUGGAGUCACCUCCCAACACUAGCUCUCCCAGCUUCUUCUUUCGUUCCUUCCUUCCAACCUGUGUGGUGUUCCCUACUUCCUAGCCCUCAGCCUCACUCAGGAUUGUUAGAGCACACUAUCUGCAUCCAUCAGGCUGGAUCUUGGGCAGGUUUUUUUUGCCCCUCCUCCCUUGUUAGACUGGUUUAAGCCCCCCCACUGUCCGUCCAGUACUGAUCAGGUGGAACUAGCGAGCAUUGGGUAAUGAAACUCUCCGUGACUAAUCCCUGCCCUGGGUAGUUUACCACUUAUGUCAGCUGCGUCGUGGCCUUUAUAGUUAGGAGCAGACCUUUUACCUUGUGAAUAAUUGUGCCGUCAUCUCCAUUAAUCUUUUGCUCUUCCCAAUUCAAAUGCCAUGCGUUAAGUGAGCCACCGAAAUUCAACUCCCAUUUUAUUCUUGAAACUCAAACAAGACUUGUGCAGCGAUGCGUUAGUGGAGAAAAACCCAGAAUUACAGAGAGAAGAUUAUAAAUGCCAGAGCCAUGUAACUGAUGGUUAACUGUUGAAUUCUGACACUUCUUUAAAUAUCUUCUUGCACCAACAUCUUCACUGGAAAGAGUUCAGGAAAAUAGCAGAGGGAAGGAGAGUCAACAUUUACAUGUACCAUGGCUAUACCAAUAACAGUGCUUGACUGUGACCUCUUGCUGUACGGCCGAGGUCACCGGACAUUGGACCGUUUUAAGCUGGAUGACGUGACUGAUGACUACUUGAUGUCCAUGUAUGGUUUUCCUCGACAGUUCAUUUAUUAUUUGGUGGAGCUCUUGGGGGCAAGUCUUUCUAGACCUACUCAGAGAUCCAGGGCUAUUAGCCCAGAGACACAGAUCCUUGCAGCACUGGGUUUCUAUACCUCAGGUUCCUUCCAGACUCGGAUGGGAGAUGCAAUCGGAAUCAGUCAGGCAUCUAUGAGUCGAUGUGUUGCCAAUGUCACCGAAGCUCUUGUGGAAAGAGCCUCACAGUUCAUUCACUUUCCAGCUGAUGACGUCUCCAUGCAGGCUCUGAAGGACGAAUUCUAUGGAUUGGCAGGGAUGCCAGGGGUAAUAGGGGUGGUUGACUGUAUCCACGUGGCAAUCAAGGCACCAAAUGCUGAAGACCUCUCCUACGUGAACCGCAAAGGUCUGCAUUCUUUAAACUGCCUGAUGGUGUGUGACAUCAGAGGGGCACUAAUGACCGUGGAGACCAACUGGCCAGGCAGUCUACAGGACUACACUGUGCUGCAGCAGUCUUCUCUUAGUCGUCAUUUUGAAGCCGGAAUGCACAAAGAUAGUUGGCUGCUUGGUGAUAGUUCCUUCUUUCUCCGAACCUGGCUCAUGACCCCCCUUCACAUUCCUGAAACUCCAGCCGAAUAUCGCUAUAAUAUGGCCCAUGCUGCAACUCACAGUGUGAUUGAGAAGACGUUUCGGACCCUCUGCUCCCGAUUCCGCUGCCUGGAUGGGUCCAAGGGGGCGCUGCAGUACUCUCCAGAGAAGUCCAGCCACAUCGUCUUGGCUUGCUGUGUGCUCCACAACAUCUCCCUGGAGCAUGGGAUGGAUGUUUGGUCGUCUCCGCUGACAGGACCCAUGGAACAGCCCCCUGAGGAAGAGUUUGAGCAAAUGGAGUCCCUGGACCUAGAGGCCGACCGUAUCCGUCAGGAGCUAAUGCUCACUCAUUUUAGCUGAUGCGAAAGAUUCCUCUUUCGGAUUGGAAUGUUGACAUGAUGGCUAGAGCUUGAGCAGCUGUCUUGGACCUGAGAUGAAAGCUACUUACUGAAGAUGUCAAAGCAACAUGAUAGAAGAAGCCUGGUUCCUGAUACUGAACACCUUACCCUAGGCUGUACAUCUCUGGAUUUCUUUUGUAUGACAGAGAAAUAAACCUCUGCUUUGCUUCCUUCUUUUUGUUUAUGUGCAGUAGGACCUAAUAAUAAAUAAUAAGGUUAUAACUGCCCCUUUCCAAGAGCAGAAAUGUUUGGAAACAACAUACAUGUUCUUUUUAAAAUAAAUUUAAUUUUUAUUUAUUUUUUCGAGGAGUGCACAGUUUACAGUGGCCCAUGCAGGAACCGAACCAGCAACCUUGGUUUUAUUAGCACCACGCUCUAACCAACUGAGCUAAUCAGCCACCCCCAACAACAUACAUAUUCAAUAAUGGGGAGCAUGGUCAGUAUAUCCACUCCAUGGAAUAUUAUGCAAUUGUUAAAAAUAACAACAAUUAAAGACUUUAAUAGGGAAAUAAUAUAAUGAAAAACAAUAACACUAUUGUAUCUCUGCUGAAAUUAAGCUUAAAUAAAUUGUGUAGGGUAUUUCCAAGGGAAUAUGAACAAAUUAAAACUUUGGAGGCAGAUUAUUUUUUACUUUUUUCUCUUUUUUAUUUUUCCUUUUGUUUUUCUUUGGAAGCAGAUUACUGAAUUCUUUCUUUAGACUUUCAUAAAUAUUGCUGCAACGUUCACUCAUUUUAAAAGUCCCCUAAAACAGUGGUAGACAACAAAAGCCCAGUGUUUUGUCCUCAUAUUAUGGAUGCUGGUCUCAUCCUGCGUUAUACAUAUGAGUUGUCCCUUAAAUAUUUUCACAGACUUAAAGGAGGAGAUGUAAAAAAAAAACACCAAACAACUUUUAUUUAUUUAAGUGUGUUUUUCCAGGACCCAUCAGCUCCAAGUCAAGUAGUUUUAAUCUAGUUGUGGA